UAUUUUAUCGCUUAAGCACCUUGGAAAUAGUCGAGGAACAGUCAAACCUUCUCUUCCUCACAUCACUGGUGUCGUUUCAAGUAAGUGUAUAGUAGCUCACGGAACUUUACUUUCUGCGUGGGUUUAAAAGUCUUAUUUGUCGUUAACGAUAACAAUGUGCUCGACUGUCUGAGUUAUCUAUUUAUCAUUGGUUAAGUGAGCCGCAUCUAAUCGCGAGCGAUGAAUUUCAGGCGCUAAAAUGUAAUGAAAUGCUCUAAUAAAUCGAUUUCGUCAUGGAGACGCUCAGUAGUUUAAGCGUUGCUAGAGGAAAUAAAGUUAGAUGUGUUGAGUUUCCACACCUUGCCUUCUAUAAAAUCGUUAUGCCAAUAAUUUUCUAGCUUUUAAAAACGAUGGACGGAAAUUUUGUGACUAUCUGAAAACGAAAAUGAUGACUUAUUCAAAACAGCAUUCGAUUACUGACAGACCUAUACAUUUCCAUACAAUAAUUUUCUGGGUACAGCAUUUACUCAGGCAUAGUAGAUAGCAAAGUAAAAUGCAUUAAAACAUCAACAUUCCCUGAAAAAUUGAGAACAAUUUUCGUGAAACUUACCUAUGGCGUAAUAAACUAAUGAACAGAAAGUAAGUCAUAGAAGGUAUGGCCUACCUUGACACAACUUAGUAAUCCUUUCCACAUCAUUUUAAAGUAAAAUUACAAGUCUUUGCGCAGAUAGAAGUUAAAAUACUGUGCUGAACCACAUUCGAAAAAAAGAAAAUAAAAGAGAUUUGUUUUUUACACAAAUAAAUCUUGCAUAACAAUUCAACCUAGUAUGCUUCGUCUCUAGUAGUUUAUGCAUUGCAUAAGAGGAAAUAAAGUUAGAUUUGGUGAGUUUCCACACCUCGCCUUCUACAAAAUCGUUAUGCCAAUAAUUUUCUCGAUUUUAGCAACAAUUGACGGAAAUUAUGUGACUAUCUAAAAACGUAAGCGAUGAUUUAUUCAAAAAACAUUCGGUCGCUGACAGUUCUAAACAUUCCAAUGAAACAAUUUGUUGGGCACAGCAUUUACUAAGGCAUAGCAGAUAGCAAAGUAAGAUGCAUUCAAACAUCGACAUUCCCUAAAGAAUUGAGAACAAUUUGCGUGAGAUUUACCUAUGACGUAGUAAACUAAAGAACAGAAAGUAAGUCAUAGAAGGUAUGGUCUACCUUGACACAACUUAGUAAUCCUUUCCACAUCAUUAAUUAAGAGGAAUUUAGAACAAAAUCAUCAUAAACUACGAUCAUAAGACUUCACGAAGAUAAAACUUAAAAUACUGCGCUGCUCUACAUUUCGAAAAAAUAAACAUAACAUAGUUUUGCUUUUAAAACAAGUAAAUAUUGCGUUACUAUUCAACUCAAUAUGCUUCGUCUCCGGUUUGCAACAACCACAUCGAAAGAUUUCAUUCCCCAUAGAAAAAUAAUUAAGAGAAAAUUAAAUCCGGAUUGAUUCCCUUUCACAUGACGAGUAGUCACAAGAGCAAGCCACACUUAAAAGUGUCGUAGUCCACGUUUUGAAGUACGUUUAUUUACACCCCCAGUGUCCUGAGGAAAACAGAAAUUUGUCGCUUACAGACCCCGGAAAGUCGAUUUAAGGCGCUUCUAUUGGCGAUUACGACAUGACGUACAGAUACAUAGCAUAAACUAGUGAUGAAAUUAAAACUGUCCAGAGGCCACAAAAAUAGCUGCAUUGUUUCGGUCUCAAAUAUUUUCCUUUGGAGACUGUGAAGAAGAUUUUAAGGGUCAUUUUGAUCAUUAUGGCCGGGUCAAAUGUGUCUGGGCCAGUUCUGCCACGACGAUUUUUGUGUCGCUACCGUGUUACCUUGUCUUCAGCCGUUCUAGAAAUCGACCAGUGUGAUUUUCGAUUUUCAUGGUGUAACAAUGUCCAUCAAAAUCUUCUAUGAGACCGCAUACCCGCGCAUGGCAUGUGGUAGCUCUAUUUCCCUCGGCGUCAUUUAAUACUGAAACUGAAAUUACCAACUCGAUAAAUCUGUUCAAAGCCUUCAUGUCGAUUUUUGUUUUCAAUAUCACGUUAAACGCCGUUCACUUAUCAGCGAACAAGUAUUGGAAUAAAUCGACAAUACCACAAUUAAGACAAACGUUACUCUUGAAUAAAGUAAAAAUCGUUCACACAUAAAAAAUUUUUUCUCUCGUAGACCCAUCAAACCCUGCGUAUUAAGUUCACACAUAAAUCGCUCGCUAGAACACUCAUUAACUAACACGAAAAGCACUACGAAUAUGACCACAAAGUACAUGCAGAAAAAGGAGAGACAAUUCAAAAGUGACGAAUUUGUCGAUUCAAUAUAUAUUUGUAUAUAUAUAUAUAUAUAUAUAUAUACAUACACAAAGUGUAAAAUUUUGACUUUCGUAAAACAGUGCUCAAUACACAGGAGUAGAGCGAUGUAUGCAUUGUGGGAGGAAAAACUGAAACUAAACUGUCAAAUUUCGCGCUGCAUAAAUUAGAUUAUAUUGUAUACAAGUGAUGCUAAAGAUUAUUCUCACUAAAUCCCCUGAUGAGUGGGCAACCACGAAGCAGGUCUGUUCGGAUGAACUCGUAGUUUAUUUGUCUUUUUCCUCCCACAAUAUAUAUACAUAUCGAUUGGUAAUACUUCCAAAGACCCCAAAAAGCGUGGCACAUUCAAAUAAAUUUUUCAUUCGCCUUGAUUAGAAAGGGAUCAACAACUAGUACUUGCAUAAUUUACUAAAAUGUUUAACAUUUAAAGUACAGCAUUUCCAGCUAUCCAUUCUCGAAUUUUACAAAACAUUUCCCGCACACUGUGCAACCAUGAGUAUGUCAUUAAGUCGCGCAGGAUCAGUCGGGACAGAGCCCGAUACUGAGAAAAUAGCAGACCUCACGUGAACGGUGUUAAGGCGACCUGAUAGGUUGCUCUAUUUCACAAGCUUCUAGUCGUUAACUGUCUGGCAAGCUAAUGUUCGGUCGAAUGAAAAAUAAUUGAUUCCACGCAAGUACUGAAAAGGAAAGCAAGGUUAGAUUCAUUUUUGGUUUUGUGACGUUUAAGAGCACACAAAGUCAUUUCAUUUGAUUUUUUUUGUAACAGCUGAGUAUUUACCGCGAACACAAACGAGCAUACGUAGCGGCCAAGUUUGGGCAUGCCUUUUACUGCGAUCUCGUCAAAAGUACUUGUUGAAUUGAUCAUUAAUUUCAUGAAGAGAAUUCAUCAUCACACGGAAACAGAGGCUGAAGUUUGAUUAUGAAAUUAAUCCGAGCCUUUUAAUCGCUUAACCACCCUGAAAAUAAUCGAGGAACAGUAAAACUAUCUCUUCUUCGCAUCACUGGUGUGACAAUCGUUUCAAAUAACGUUUUAACUCACGGAACUUUAUUGUCUAGGGUUUGAACGUCUCAUAAGUCGUUAGAGAUAAAAAUGUGCUUGACUGUCUAAGUUAUUAGUUGACUGAGCUGGAUCUAGUCUCAAGCGAUGAAUCUCAGAUACUCAAAUGAAAUGAAAUGCCUAAAAAAUCAAUUUCCUCAUGUAGGCGCUAAGUAGUUUAUGCAUUGCAUAGGAGGAAAUAUAGUUAGAUGUGGUGAGUUUCCACACCUUGCCUUCUGCAAAAUCGUUCUGCCAAUAGAGUUCUAGCUGUUAGCAACGAUUGACGGAGAUUUCGUGACUAUCUAAAAACGUAUGCGACGACUAGCAAAGUAAAAAGCAUUUGAUUGACCUACGACGUAGCUAACUAAUUAAUGAACAGAAAGGUAGUCAUAGAAGGUGUCAUACGUAAACCGUUCCACGUCAUUGAUUAAGCAGAAUUCAAAACAAAAUCCUUCAUCGUAAACUAAAAUCACAAGUCUUCACGAAGAAAAAGUUCAAAUACUCUGCUGCAAUACAUUUCAAAAAAUAAUAAUUAAAUAGUUUUGCUUUUUAAAUUAAUAAAUCUUGCGUUACGAUUCAACUUAAAAUGCUUCGUCUCCAGUUUGCAAUAACCAUAUCGGAAGAUUUCAUUCGCCACAGAAUAGGAAUUAAGAGGAAAUUUAAUUGGGAUUGAUUCCCUUUCACAUGACGAGUAGUCGCCAAAGUUAAAAGUGUCGCAGUACACGUUUCGAAGUACGUCCAUUUACACCUCCAGUCUCGAUUAUUUUGGUUUGGAGACUGUGAAGGAGAAUAUUAUGAUCAUUCUCAUUAUUAUGGACGGGUCAAACGUGUCUCGGCCGGUUCUGCCACGUUGAGUUUUGCUACUCUUCCAUUGUCAUCAGCCGUUCCAGAUCUAAGUCAUGUAAUUUUCGGUUUUCAUGCUGUAAUAAUGUCCAUCAAAAGCCCCUUUGAAGUCCACUGACUGUAGGGCUAGUAGGCCUACCGCAUACACGCGCAUAGCAUGUGGUAGGCUCUAUUUCCCUCGGCGUCAUUUAAUACUGAAACUGAAAUUACCAACUUGAAAAAUUUGUUUAAAGCCGUCAGGUCGAGUUUUGUUUUCAUUAUCACAUUAAACGCUGUUCACUUGUUAGCGAACAAGCACUGAGGGUAAUCAAAAAUACCACAAAUAAGACAAACGCUAUACUUGAAUAAGGUAAAAAUCGUUCAAAAUCAAUUUGGAAUUCGUAUGAUCACAGACAACAACGCUGACUAAUCUUAUAUUCAAAUAUAACUUGUGACAAAAUCAACAAACUCAGCAAAGCAGUGACGCAGGUUCAUUUACGAGAUAAAUGAAAUAUUUUAACUCUGGGAAUACUAAAUAUAACACGAAAAGCGUAUUUAUCACAAGAUAAAUUAAAGGUUGGCUUACUUGCUUACUUCCUUGAUAGUUCUUGAAGUUUUGCAUUUCAUAUUCUCAGCUUGGCCCAAAUUAAAUGUAGGCCACCAAAAUCUGCAUGCUCCCAAGAAAACCUAACGUCCGAGAAGACUACAUUCAUUACCGAUCUUUCAGGACUACUUGUGAAAGCCCUAACAAUAAUUCUUGUAUAAUGUAUCAAAGCUCGCCAAAUAGUGUAGAGGAUCUUAAUCCGUAGGAUCAAUACAUAUGGCGUUAAAUACUUUUGCCAAUGGAACUGGAGCUCAGUCUCCCUAACGGUAACUCUUCACACAAAUGUUAAAAGAUUAUUUAACUUUAACACUCUUGACUUAAAAAUGGUGGACCUGGAAUCCUUUUCAUGAUUCUCAAACAUUAAUAAAAGCUAAGCUCGACAUGUAAUACCUCGCAUUAUCCGGCGAUGAACAUCAUUUUCUAGGAACGAAAUGAAAUGUUUAAAAAUCGUGCGGGUUAUAAGUUGUCUUAAACGGCGUUGCGUGACACUAAUCCCUACUUGAAAUAAAUUAUCUAUGUAGAAGCUUACGCAUCGACUUGGUUGGUGAGUUGCUUCUUAUCACCUUUGCUGAAUUACUAAACACAAACUUAAUUUCAGGCCUUUAGCCAAGGAAGAGGACGAAUUUCUGAGGAGAAAAACUGACCUAUGAGUAUGGCCCGUAGUGCAAGAUUGCGCGAAAAAUUACGUAAUAAAUUAUAAUUCCAUUUAAACAAAUUGAAAUUUGUAUUGGCUUCUUCAAUACAACUUUUGAAAAUGAAAAUUUCGUAGGAAGAUUUAAAACGAGUAAAUUAAAAGUCCAUCACCCAAAAAUAAAGGCCAGAGGUCAUGAAAAUAGGAACGCUACUAGUGCGCGACAAACGAACUGAAAAUUUAUCAUCCCUUUAUUUUUGGAUUUCUUUCAUUUUUCUGUUUCAUUCAAACACAUUACACUCGUGUCUCGCAUUAUUACCGGAAUGUAGCAUUAAUUCUUGUCUUACCCAGGCGUAUCGUUCACUCCAAAGCUAAUUUUGUGGCUCUUAACUUCUUUUUUAGGAAAUAUGUACUGUUAAGAAUAUUUACUUUUUAUUUUGAAAGGUUUGAAACCUCGCGGUUAAACUCGACGGGAACUUGCAGCUACACAUGCCAUGUUCAGGAUACGCGGUCGCACGUACUUAAGGGCUUUUACCAUAGCAGCUUGGUUUAAGAGCGAAAGAGGAAGGAAAACGUCGAUGAAGCAGACGAAGGUUGGAUUUGUUCCCUUCGUGUUAUUAGUGAUUAAGCACCUUGUAGGAAGAUGCACAGAUAAUUUACACUAGUUAAUAAUAUACAAGCAAAAAAUGACUCUAUUUUCCUUUCUAGUUCAAACUUUUAAAAUCUCCCUUGAAAAAUUAACCGUCUGUACUCUUUCUCCGUUAGAUAUCAGUCGACAGCAGUAAACAUCAAAUGAAAGCUAUCACGCUCGUAAUCUUCCCCGUCUUUCGUAUGAACUGUUGCAUUAAACACCUCGAAAAAUUUGUUUCUCCAUCUACUUUAAAAUACAUUGAAUUUAUUAGAGUGGGAAAGAUGGAAAUUCGUCUCACAAAUUUCUCUUUGUCUCGAAUUGUUAGCGGUCGACGUGGGUCGAGUAUUACCGGGAUGUGGCAUUCUGCGUCUCCAUGAGGUCAAAAGACCCGAGCCUACAGGUGGGAUGCGUUACUGUGCACCCAAAAUCACUCAGGGUGAGUAAUAUUGUAGGCUAUCACUUGUUAUAUCUUUAAGGAAAUACACACUUAGAAACAUUACCAUGCUCAAAGAGCAUUAUAGAAAAAAAAGAAACCUGUGUUGCAGAACAACUGUGGUUGUGAUUUUUCCGAUGUUAUUCUGGUGCUAUUUUGGACAGAAAAAUGCGGCGGGUAAACCAUUCCUUUCACAGACUAACUUCCUAUAACCCUUGGCAGAUCUUGAGCGCUGGGUACAAUGGAUUUCCUCCCGGAACUCCAAACAAGGACGAAAACUGGAGAAAAGGUACAAAAGAUGAUCUUGUCGUCCACGCGGAGGCCAACACUGUGCUCCUGGCAGGCCAAGCUGAUCUUGAAGGUUCAAUUGCCUUCGUUACAAUGUAUCCCUGUCGGGAGUGUGCGAAAAUGUUAAUAGCGGUGAGUGAUGUCGAGAACAUUCGUAUAACUUGAUAUAGUGAAACCUGUGUGAGACGGGGCCCAUAAGCGAGAGAAUUUGCAUCUUAAAACCUGUAUCAUAUGGAUGGCUUAGUGAGAACUUUGAGUGUUGUCUUCAUUUCAUGCAUUAAAAUUAAUUUCAAACUUUUUCAGAUCUUUUUAAAAUGGCCAUUAGGAAGGUUCCUAAUCGUUCACUCUGAGUUAAGAACUAGCCACAAUUACACAAUUCUGAAAAUGUUCUUAUGCUUGUGCGCGCCAGCGGGAGUCCGUGAGUUACCGAUUUUAAAAGAGGUUACUGUACAGCCCCCUCUUCCAUUGUGAGAUGUAUGUUUACUACCUGUGUGUCUUAGAGUGCAAAUUUGUGUCCUUAUAUCCUAGGGAUUAAGUGUUUGUUUUAUUACGCAGACGUUUCAGUUGGUUUCCCUCAAUAUGGAAGUGAUAAUUAAUUGAUGACUAUAUCUUGUUCCAUCUGUAGAAGGGUGUCCGUAAGGUUUAUUAUCUUUCAUUAAAAAAAAAAUACCAAGCGGAUUCAACUGCCAUCUUUAAAGAAGCCGACGUCGAGGUCGUGUAAGUAAUAACUCUGGUUAGACUGAAAUCAACUCUGAUAACAACUUGCACAUAUUUGUGGUGAGAACAUUCUCAAAUAAACAUCGUAAUGGUGAAUGAACAAAAAGAAACAAACAAAUGCACCAUUGCAUCCUAUGAUCUGGGUUUCAACAUCAGAACUCAGUUCCCCAGUUCGAGGGAAUAUGCCAGGUGAAUGAAUAAAAACAAUGAUAAGUAACUGCAUAACUGGGAAUUUAGCAGGUGGAGAUUACACCAGGUGGCUCUUCUUUUCAACUGUUCCAGAUCGAUUUGGAAUUUGGAUUGUUGGUUUAUGUUAAGGAAGGAGAACCAUAGGACCCGGAGAAAAACUCUUCAGAGCAAGGACAAAAAAAUCAACAACAAACUCGACCGCAUCUACAAUGAUUGUGCGAAAAGUUAUAAGCUUAAGCAAAAAUUUUUAGCGUUUUAUGUGUUCAUUUUUGUAAACCGUUUUUCUUCGAGUAAGCACCCGCACUCUAAUAAGCGCCCUACCCCAGAUACGCCCUCACCCCUAAGCAACUAAGCCAUAAUGUCAAACAAGUUCCCCCCCCCUCUUCUGCCCUCUCGAAUGAGUGCUCCCCCUCCUCCUUCACUUUCUUGAAUAGAAGGAAUACAAUAAAAACAUGUUUCUGUGGCCACUUUAUCUACAAUUUUUUAAGUUUCAACUAGAGCGGAAUCAGUACGGAAGAAUAUCUAUUUUUUCGUUUUCGUUAUUUUUAUCUGUGUUCUCGCGGAGUUUUUCUUUUGAAUUGUUGUGCUAUCGCUGUGCUAACCCGAUAAGUGUCCCCCUCGAUUAAGCGCCCUCCUCCCAAUAAGCGCCCCCCUUCCCCCUCCCCACUUCUUUCUCGCCGAAGUUUUAAAUAAGCACCCGGGCGCCUAUUCGAGGAAAUACAGUUUGUAUCUAUUGUCAAUAUCUAUCUUAUUCAGUUUUGCUGCAAUGACUUUUUUAGAUUUAUGUAUGAGCGAUAAAGGAGUGUUGAGACUCUACUGACUUUCCCCUCUUCGCAAAUUUUCAAGCAAUGCUCGGGUUGUUUGUCUUUUCAGCCACGUGUAUUGAGGGGAGAAAACGGUUUUCCCUUAAUUUUACUUACUGCCUCUGCAGCUUUUUGCACAUAUUUACAUUCACCUUUUAGUUAAUUAAGAGCAGAAUCUCAUUGAUCUAUUUUAGGCCCAUAAAGCGAGGUGAGGAUACAACGCUGGAAGACUACGGGAAUCACCUGAUCCAGAAGGUUAGCUUCGUAAUGCAACAGAACACGACACCGGGUGAACCAAAUGGUGCCUAUAAAGCCUUGAGGGACAGCACGGAAGAACUAAGGAGCAGGGAUCUACAAAGUCCAUGGCCGAGAGAGUUAAUGGGCAAGGUCAGUAAUUGUUAAGUCAAGGGGAAAAAGUAUUUAAACUUUAUGGAAUUUUUUUUUCUGCAUCUCUACUGCCAGAUUUUUAAUUUGAAGCUAAGAAUGUUACUAUUUUUUCAGUUAGUGAAAUAUCAUUAACCCUAUCACAACUCACCAUAGAGUAUUUGUUAGGCAGUCUUAGCACCGGAAAGUGACAAAUAAAAUAAUAUUCUUGAAAAAUUCAAAUCGUUUGAUUCUAGAUCUUACUGGACAAAUGGACAGACUAUUUUCUGUUCUUGGCUCUCAUUGCCAGCACAAGAUCUUUGGAAAACCCUCAAGGAGCAAUCUUGAUAGAUUCUAAAACCUUAAAGGUAUGUAUUGGAAAAUUUCAAUGUUACCCACAUCGAUACAUAAAGGACCCUAUAGAUAUUUAGGACGGAUCGCAGCAAAAACGUGGCACUGCUUAAGUUAAACACUCAGAAAAAAAGAUGGACCUUGAAUAUUCAACUCUAAUUUAUCUUAAGAUUAACAAGGAACCUGUAAAUGCAGCGUGUAAAUUUGCAAACAACAAAAAAAAAAUGCGAGUUUAAACCUGCCUUUAAUGGAAACGGCAAAGGGCGACAAUUAACAUUGAUUUGACUUCAUUUUUUUCUGUGAAAGAAAUAAAAAAGGAAGUCUCAUGUUUAUGUUUGGUACUAAACUCAUAACUCAAGUAUUAAAAUGGUUGGAGGCGGAGGGUAAGAAUUCCUGUUUUGUCGUUUUCCCGUUUGCCCUAACCGCUAUGCCAAACUUUCCUAUUAUAAUAUACAAGACAACCGUCCACGAAAUUUUGCAUCCCGGUGACUAAAAGUCACGAAGACAAAAACGAUUCAAAUCGUGCCUGCCAUGUCCCACAGAUCAUAAACUAAAGACAUUUCUCAAAGUCAUGAAAUUUAUAGAAACGAAACAAAGCCCAUGGCAUAAUUGCUCGGAGGAACGCUACAAGUCAAAUCCCUUUCUAAAUAAAAUUUCUAAUUCAUUAAUUCAGACACAUUGUAAUGAUAUGAAUCAUACUCAUAUCUCCUAAAGUAGAAGAACUGGUAUUGUUGCGCCUCAAAAGCCUGCUCGAGAACCUUUCAAUUUGAGUCUGAUUUUGCAUUUAGGAAUCUUUUCGGCUUCUUGCAAAAGUCUGGGAUCCUGUGUUCUGGUUAUGGUUAGUUAUAUGUAUUGAGAAUAAUUAUCAUUUACCUAUCAGCAUCCACGUUACAUAUAAAACAGAUCUUUCUUUUAAACUUUCAGAUAUCGGCGUUAUCGUACAACGGAUAUCCGAGAGGUGUCAGCAACGAUAACGCUGAUGACUGGAUGAAAUUGUCUGCGUUAACAAACGCCAUUUGUCUUCGAUUCAGCGAAGGACACGAUUUUAUCGCAUUUUCAACUCACUUCCCAAAGCUUCAUGAAGUAAAAAAUCUUGCACAGGUGAGAAUCGCGCGAUGAAGGCUAAAGCUUUCAAAGUUACUCCGUUAAGUUGUGACAGCAAUUUUAGGAGGAAGUACCAUUUCUUCAAUAGUACGAUAUUUCUGUAAUGCAAUUGUCCUUGCAAUUGUCCAGUUGUCAAGGUCUCCAAAUAGCUCCAUUAGUGGUUAAUUUCGUAUCCAGCACCCUAAGGUAAGCUGAUCCAAACGAUUAAGCUUGAUCGCAAUCAAUUCCGCAGCAAUCCACGUCAAGUUUCUUAAGAUCAUCUCUCUUCAUCUUUCUCUAUUUCUUUCCGAAGGCUCGUCUUUGGAAACCCAUGAUCAUCAAAAUGGGCAUCCUCAUUUCGUGCCUUGGAAAGAGUUGGGCCGUGACAUUAUUCAAGCUCCAACAUGUUUGACUAAGCUUCGAACAUUUCUUUGCUACUUUUGCAUACAGGCCCAGGUAAAGCGAUUGUACUUUAUAUGGCCAAAGACUCUUGAAGGGGACGACGAAAAGGCGCUGCAAAUUAUGAAAGACUCUGGAAUGGAAGUUGUGUAAGUAACAAGUCAGUUGCCAUAUAAUAAUCAAUAACGAGUUUGUUUGUUGGAUAUAAAUCUUUUCUGGCUCUGAUAAAUUACUUGAAUUAUGAAUAUGAAAUAGCUCACUUUUUACAUUUAAAGGCCAAUGGAUGUUCCUGAUUUGGAAAAACUAGGAGAGGCCAUAAAAUACACCAUUGGAAGCCUGAAGGAGGCAGAGAAAGGGCUUUCCUCCGAUGAUUGGCCAAGUUACACUUGGACCGAGUAUGACUUACAACCAGAACGACACCGUUGGAAGCCUAAACAAACCCCGGAAGCUCGGACAUGCAGUGGAGCUCAUAGCACAUACCGUAAUGAUUCGAUUUAGCGCCCGGGGUGCUUAUUUACUUUUGGUACCUCAAGGGAGGGCGCUUAUUCGAGACAGGGCGCUUAUUCGGGACAGGGCUCUUAUUUAAGUUUUUGAGAAACGACCAAAUGGUUAAAGCAUAACUUUAAUAAAUAUUAAAAUAACUAACAAUAACAGAAACUGUAACAGUAACAAAUUGUUGAAAGUUCAGCUACUUUAAAAAGAAUUCUUCAUUUUAUAUACCAUAGCUGUAACAAGUAUACAUGUAAGGUACGUUGAAUGUUCGUGAGUUUAUCUACCGUAUUCGAUGUCGAUGACUUCAGUGUCACUUGCGUCAAUUAUCAAGCUAUCUGUGCCGAUGUAACUUUCCUUCCUUAUAUUCACAUUUCUCAAAGCCCGCCAUGAGAAUAAAGUACAGGUCAAAGUGACUGGAUCAAGAAGACUGGAAAACGGACUUGUUGUCCCCGGAGCGUUCCUAGCGAGAACAACCAGCAGAGUAAUCGCCACACAAUUUGAAGAAGAGAUGACUUGUUUGAAGGAAUUAUGUUCUCACAUGGACAUAACAGUUGAGAAACUCAGACGAAAACCACUGUUUUUGUAAUGCAUUAUUACGUACGGUAUAUCGGCUAUUAAAGGAAGAUGAACCACGUUUGAUACGUACUCUGAAGGCGCUGUAAUAUUAGAACAGGGGCGCUUAUUAGAAUAGGGGCGCUUAUAAGAAUGGGAGCGCUUAUUGGAAGAGGGGCGCUUAUUAACAAAAACACAUUCGAAGGGGAGCGCUUAUUCGAAAGGGGGCGCUUAUUGGAAGGAGGGCGCUAAAUCGAAUCAUUACGGUAAGUCCAAACUUCGGCUUGGGCAAUUUUUCUUAAAUAACUUCCCACUUUCAAGAAGUGUUUCUUCGUUCAAAGUUGGCAUCUUUCUUUCAUCGUUUAUUUGAUAUUUUAUCAAGCAAGUAAAUAUUUCGCUGCCGUUGAAGUAGAUGGGAAGAAUAUAACAGGAAGCGUUGCGGCAUGGAAUAAUCGAACUAGUUCUGCGUACAGUAAUGUAUCUGAUCAGGUAUAUUCAGGGUGUUAAGUGUGUAGAUUGUCAAAUAAACCCAAGUCGGACAGGAAAUUGGUGCCCACGAAUUUCUGUAGAACGUAAGUAAGCGUAGAUUCCCAAAAAUAAAACCGAUUUCAACUCUUUGAACGUGUACGAUUUCAGUUGUUAAGUCAGUGUAAAAUUUUUAAGUAUACACAUCUCUUUUUCGCAACAUUAUGUUUAAUUUGCCGGGAGCAGUUAGACAAAAGGAGAGAAGGCAAAGGUGGAUAGGGUCAUGUCACCGAGGUGACUCGUUCGUGUGCACGAAGGACAGCUACGUUUGUAGUUUACAUUUUGUCGGUGAAAAUGGUCCAACAGAAGAGGAUCCUGAUCCCAUAUCUGCUGUGGCUAGUAAAGAAAGAGUCAGUUAAUUCAGUGAUUCUUUUAUGUCAUUGUUUUGUCUUUGGGACCGGUUGCAUAGUUGACAAAUCUAUAACUUCAUGAAGAUCUGAUUGUGCAGAGGGGC